CGCUACGGUUUCCCAAGGAAAAGACGGGAGCAAUUGGCUUUGCCCGUUGGAGGCGACGUCGGGUGUGACUAGCGCAGCCAUCUCUACGUCAGUACGGAAACUACAGAAACUAGGGUUCCUGGCCAGUUUGUCGUCCUGUCUUUCCUGUCGAUCUCAACCCAACGCCCGAGCGAAGGCAGUAGAGUUGUGCACCGGCGCAUUCUUCCCCACGACGAUCCAGAUCGCUCUGUCCGUCUGUCUGUCGAGUCAGAUGCAUGAAUCGCUCUAGUUGAAAUCGGCUGGGGUUUUGGCAGCAUCAUUGGCAGCAGUCCCGCUAUGGAAGCGGGUGAUUCUGGCACUAGGCAAAGUGGUUUUACCUCGGCCAGUAGACCUGAUAUCUUCCAUCCUCGCCCGAGGGAUCCGGCAGAAAGACAGUCGAGAGAAGUCCCGAGCAUGGCAGCCGCCGCGUUGAUGAGCCCGGCUGCGGCAUAUCAUUCUCACAGCUACUCGUCCUUGUCUCCGCCGUACGGGCAUGGGCAUGGACACCACGGGCCGCCUCCGCCCUCGAUGCCCAGCAUGAUAUCCCUCGACGAAUCUCGGAGACAUUCCAUGCAUGACGCUGAGCCUGCGCAGAGGCAGUCUCUGCCCUCCAUCUCCGAAGUGUUUUCGAGCGCUAACAAGUCGCAUCCUUAUUCUCCCACGACACCAACUACCAUGGGUCCCUCGCAAAAUCUCCCUCCACCGCCGCCUUUUGGGUCUUCGGUGUCGUCUCGGGCAGAAGCAGGGUCGGGAUCGGGACCGGGACCAGAAAGCCGGCCGCCUCCUUCGCACGAAGACAAGUUCUCCCGCCAUCCUCAACGCCAGGAGGGCCCUCCAUCCGGCCCUUCCAGUUCAGCGUAUCCCUAUGGUGACCAACGCGAGCUACCAAAGCCCCCGGACUCAUUGCAGCGUAAUGGCAAUCACUCAAAUAACCCUCCGCCACCUCCUCAAGUUCCGUACACUCAGCCUGGACAAUAUCCACCUGGCCAACUGCCUCUCUCCGCUGCUCCACCGAUUUCCCCACGCCAUUUUGGACCGCCGAUACCACCGCCAUUUGAACACCAGCGACCUCAACAGUUGCACAGUGAUGACGAGUUCGGAGCGCCCCGGAGAUAUGACCCAAAUUCUUUGAACCGACAUUUCGAAACAUGGAGUUACACGGACGGCCUUCAAAGGAUACAAUUUAUUUGCAGGACCAUCUGUAACUUCGCUGAGGCAUAUGGAAACAUCGCCUCAGAACAGCAUGGUGGCCACCCCAUACCAGAACGAUUACCGACUGAGCGAGAAGUAUCUGAGAUGUUGAGCAAUGCCGACUAUUUGCGGAAGUCGCUCGAAAACGUCCGGGAACUGGUUCAGCAUAGCCUUGCAGAGAAGGCGCGGGAAGGCGGCAAGCACAAGGGACCUUACGAUGACGACGAUAUUUCCAUGUAUGGCGACGGGAUGAAGCAGCAUUACAGUCUCGGGGAGGUCAAAAAGCGACGAGGGCGUGCUGCACCUCCUGGUCGAUGCCAUAGUUGCAAUAGGAUCGAUACCCCCGAAUGGAGGCGAGGACCGGACGGGGCGAGGACCUUAUGCAAUGCGUGUGGGCUCCACUACGCGAAACUGGAGAGGAAACGACAAAUGGAACAACGCGCUCUGAGGCCGAAAGCUGUUGAGUAGACGUUCAGGUUGAACUAUCCAAUUAUUCGAAUUUUCUGAUCCUCUUGGUCAAUAUGGGUACAGGCUGCAUUUCGACAUACUCAACAACCUGAAAUACUCGAAGUCCGAACUUGAGGGGCUUCAUAGUAUCACAUCGACGAAACCAUUCCGACUUGUGCACAUCAUUUCUGCACGCUGCGCAGCUGCUACUACAACUACUCCUAUAACUACGACCUAAGCUUCAGGACUUGACAACAUUCUCCGUCCCUCACAAGGCCAAA